AUGGCACCCUCAUUCGAAGCAAAAGAGGACAAGAUCUUCGCAGACGAAGUCGCUGCCGUCAAGGCAUGGUGGCAGACACCGAGAUACAAGGGCCUCCUGCGACCCUACACGGCCGAGCAAGUGGUCAGCAAGCGAGGCACGAUCAAGCUCAGCUACCCGUCAAAUGAUCAAGGCAAGAAGCUCUUCGCCUUGUUGUCCGAGCACGUCAAGAACAAGACGCCCUCGCACACCUAUGGCGCACUUGAUCCAGUGCAAGUCACCCAGAUGGCCAAGUACCUAGAGACGGUCUACGUCUCUGGUUGGCAGUCAUCCUCAACAGCCUCAUCCACCAAUGAACCCGGACCUGAUCUUGCUGAUUAUCCAUACAACACUGUCCCCAACAAGGUCGAGCACCUCUUCAUGGCGCAGCUUUUCCACGACCGCAAGCAAAGAGAAGCGCGUUCUCGCCUGAGCGCAGCAGAGCGCGCAAGCGUGCCAUUCGUCGACUACCUGAGGCCAAUCGUUGCCGAUGCUGAUACUGGUCACGGCGGUCUGACGGCGGUGAUGAAGUUGACCAAGCUCUUUGUCGAAAAGGGUGCAGCAGGCAUCCACAUCGAGGACCAAGCAGCCGGUACCAAGAAGUGCGGUCACAUGGCCGGUAAGGUGCUUGUGCCCAUCCAGGAGCAUAUCAACCGCCUCGUUGCAAUCCGUCUCCAGUACGACAUCAUGGGCGUCGAAAACAUUGUCGUCGCACGAACAGACUCGGAGGCUGCAACGCUCAUCACCACCAACGUUGACGAGCGCGAUCACGCCUUCAUCUUGGGAACGACCAAUGCCGACAUUGGCGAUCUGCCAACACUCAUGAGCAAGGCCGAGCAAUCUGGCAAGUCUGGCGCAGAGCUGCAACAGAUCGAAGACGAUUGGACGCUCAAGGCGAAGCUCGUCCUGUUCAACGAUGCAGUCGUCGAGGCCCUCAAGACCCAAAAGGUCAGCCAGAGCAAGAUCGACAGCUUCCUCAAGGCGGCAGCCCACGUCAGCCACAAGGAAGCUCGCAAGCUUGCAAAGGACGCCGGUGCAGGCGAGCUGCAUUGGGACUGGGAUGCGCCCCGUACGCGCGAAGGCUAUUACCGCUACCAGGGCGGCACGCAGUGCGCUGUCAACCGAGCCGUCGCCUUUGCGCCCUAUGCCGACCUCAUCUGGAUGGAGACCAAGUCUCCCAUCCUUGCUCAAGCGCAAGAGUUCGCAGCCGGUGUCAAGAAGGUCUACCCUGAUCAAUGGCUCGCAUACAACCUGAGCCCGUCCUUCAACUGGGACGCCGCCGGCCUUUCCGCAGACAAGAUGGAAUCCUACGUCUGGGAUCUCGGCAAGCUCGGAUUCUGCUGGCAAUUCAUCACGCUCGGCGGUCUGCAUUCGAACGCCUACAUCUCCGAUCUCUUCGCCAAAGAGUUCGCCAAGAACGGCAUGCGCGCCUACGUCGAGACUAUUCAGAGACGCGAGCGCGAGAUCGGCUGCGACGUUCUCACACAUCAAACAUGGUCCGGUGCUUCCUAUGUUGAUUCACUCUUGCAGACUGCGACGGGAGGUAUUAGCAGCACGGCAGCCAUGGGCAAAGGUGUCACAGAGCACCAAUUCAAGCACUAA